AUGAGCUUAGGUGCCUGCCUCAAGCACUCCAAGAAGUUGAUGAUACUUUGGGAUGAAACCCUGUGUCAAAGGCUCUGGUGUGUUUUCGAAUUGGCUGCAUUUCUUAAAACCCACGAAAACGGUGACUUGCUGAUACAGCCCUUCGACCUCACUCAUUUCCUUUGCUGGAGAUUUCUGGUCAACACGCUGGUUUAUGGCGGUGGCCUUGUCGUCCCAUAUUCCAAAAACUUGAACGAGAAUGUCGCCACUGUGUUGAUGUUCGUUCUUGGAACCUGUGCUCAAGGAUGGCUCAUGGCCACGAUCUUGCGCCGUUUCUCUCAGGGCGUUGAAACCAUGCAGAAGCAGUUGGCGAGCUUCACAGUGGCAGGGGCUCAAUGCUAUUGCUGCUUCGUCAAUCACCGGACACCCGAUGGAGACAUACCGUGCGACCGCCAAGUCCUGCAAAAGUGUAUCCGGCAUUGGUUUGGCUCGGUGGAGGAAUUUGAGAAAGUGGUGCAGACCCGGGUGAGGGAUGCCUUCAAUAAGCAUUUGGGCAGACACUUCUGUCCACUCCCUUGGUUGUUUGCGGGCGAAGUCACCAUCCUCUGGCAACAGAUGGACCGGGCCGCUUCCAGACUGCACGAAGAGGAUACACGCGGAGCACUGGGCCGUUUGAUUCUGGGUUUCAGCUUUCUAUUUCUGUCCAACCCACUGGGCUUUGGCGCGGUCACCUUGUUUCUCCGAUACAAGCCCUGUGAUGGCCUUGUUCUCAAGCUGCUGGUCAUGGCACUUUGUAUGUCUUUGGUCUUUGGGAUUCAUUGGCUUUUUGAAGCAUGCCAUGAUUAUGCUGGAGAACUAUGGGGAUCCGUGAUCUUUGCAGGAGCCCUUCUGCUGCCCAGCAUCAUCCUCUGGCGCGCCUCUGCUCACGGUUGA